GCUCAACUUAGCAUCGUUCAAAAGUCUUGAAAUUUACAGACGUGCUGUAUAUGUAUGUAAACAGUACAAAUAUACAUAUUCUGAUGAUAAAAACACUAUAUUUUGGCAGCAUUUUCCGCAAGUCGGUAAAGGUCGGGGUAGGUCGGGAAUUAGUAUAACCGGGAUAUUCUGAUAGUUGUGUCGCAUUUACUUUCUGUGUUCAUUUCAUCUAAUUUCAUGAAUUUUGUGCGUAUUUCCCUGUUUUUACCAUUGACCGCCAUCACUUACAGUUUCUUGUAUCAUAAGGUCAUAGGAAUUUGAGGCAAAAAGUGCUAAUUACAAGAAGAUAAACAGAUAGAAUUGGGAGUUCAGCCCUCAUUAUUUGCAGUCAUGGACGGGAAAGACUACAGUGAAAUUGACAAAGUCAAAGAAUACAGGCAGUUGUUAGUGCAACUUGGUCGAAACACAGACCAUAUAGCAUUCAAAGAACUGAAGCAUAUUUGUGAAGUAAAGAAAGCCAGAGCUGAGAAAAUGAAGGAUCCCAUUGACUUGUUUGAAUAUCUAGAAGAACUUGGAGAGAUCAGUGCAAACAAAGUUGAUUAUUUGAUUGAUGUACUUAAAAAAUUGGAUAGGAUCGCUGAUGCGGAACUGGUGAAGCAAUUCCAAAGUAAAUUUGGCGGAGGAGAAGAGCAGUACUACAAUGGUUCAUUGAAAGGUCAGGAUGUCAUCACACAGAAGACAGUCACCCAAGUUGAAGCAGAUGAUGAUGCUUGCAUCGAUUCUGACUUAAAUGCUGCGUUCGAAUUCCUGAAGGAGCAGCUUGGACGUAAGUGGAGGGAACUCGCACGCGCACAAGGCCUGUCACAAGUAGACAUACACUCCAUCGAAGAUGCCAACCCACGAGACUUAAAGGAGCAGUCGUACCAAGCGCUUCUCUUGUGGCAGAAGAAACAGAAGACAAAUGCUACCAUUCCCAACCUUGAAAAAGACCUGAGGAAGAGACAGUUCAAUCAAAUGGCCAAUGAUAUCGCUAGCAGAAAGUACAUAUCAGCUUGAUCAUCAUCAAGUAAAGACAAUGAAUGAAGAGUUUGUUUUCAAAACACUUUUAGGAAGGCCAAGCUAACUGAUUCUAUAAUUCUUUUGGUUGUUUUCAGUUUGUGCACGGCGUUUCCCCUAUACAUUGCAAUUUUUUCGAUUUACCCCAAUUUUUACCAAGAAUUGCAGAAAUAUGGAAUUACCAAAAAUUAUCAGGAGAGUUGGCCGUUACAAACUGUUUUUUUCUCUCCAUUUUAUCGCUUAAUCAUUGAUGAGAGUUGGAGAAACAUUCUUAAAGUCUGAAAGACGAUUUCACAGCACAGAUGUUGUAAUGUGGACCACAUUACAUUUUUUAAGAUUGAUUCUUUUUGGAAAUAUUGAAGGUAUGGUAGUGUCAUUUGCCAUUUAUUUCUAUUUUGGCUGGGUAUCCUUAGGCUUUUUUCAGUUGCUCCAAUGUGUAGUUUGUGCUUGUCAUUGAAAACUGUUACCACCAUCUACUUAUCAUUAAAUUUGCAAGAAUGUCUAAAAAAAUUAAAUUUACAACAGUUUUUUUGUUGGAUUACAAAAUUUGUUUCAGGUUUUCCAAUAAAAAAUAUUAUUUUAAUUUGCAGUUUUUGUUUCCUCAAAUUCAAAUUGUGAUUAUUCAACAUCCAUGAAAAAAAGCCAAUGAAAAUUUGGUGGUUUACAGUAUAAUCAUUUGUACCUAUAUAGUUUCCAGUUCAUGAUGUAAUUUGCAUCAUUUCUAUAAAUGGCUGCACUUUUUGGGUUCAACAAGUAGACCUCUGUGGUUAGCCAGCAUGCACUUUUAGGUCAAGAUACUUUCAGUUUCAAUUCAUUCAUGCAUUACUUUACUCUUUGCUAUAAUCAAGAGUUCAGUAGAAAAUAUCAUCCUAGGUUUAUCGAUGACGAUUAGUGUACAUAACAGUCCUAGACUUAGCUUUGUUAAUAAUUUCGCAGCCAACAAGUUGCAUCUUUAAGUUACACUGUUAGUAAAAAUAUGUUACUUUUGGAUCAGAAAAGAAACAAUAUCAUUGAGAAGGGGGGGGGGGGCUGGAAGUACAGAUGCAUCAAUUUAGUUUGUUUUAAAUUUGUGUUCAUUGGGAUACUUCAACCGAAAUCGUCAGGUUUUAUCAAUUCUUUGCCAUGAUAUGCAGAUAGUUGUAGAAAUGUAAUGUAUAACAGAUGUUGUAGAAAGGCAAUGUAUAACAGCCUAUACUGAUUCUUCCCUACAUGCGGUGUAUGCAUUGUAAAUAAACAUAAGAUAU